AUGUCCCUCCGCGAGGAUCGUCCAGUGCGGUACCAUGUCCCUCCGCGAGGGCCGUCCAGUGCGGUACCAUGUCCCUCCGCGAGGGCCGUCCAGUGCGGUACCAUGUCCCUCCGCGAGAGCUGCAGUCCCGCCGUCCGAUCGCCUCACGCAGGAGUCCCGCCAGCACGCGACGCGGUUCAGCGCGUCACGGAACCCUCCGCCAAGCAAACGAGUUCUCACACCGCGCGACAGAAAGAACUUCGCACCGCCUCCUCAGCAGCGCUCCCACCUCACAGUCUCCCCGCCUCCCAGGUUCCCCGGCUGAGAGAGGACGCCCACUCCCCUUUCUCGUGCCGUUCGACCAUCUCCAGCAAAGUGCCUGUGCCGUGUCCCUCCGCCCCGCGGACACCGCCCGUAAGCGCCGCCGCGCCCCUUCUCAUUCCUAAAGUGUCUCAGCAGCGAGUCACUGCGCUGCGCUCUCUCGCGAGACUCCACCGCGCAGCCCCUUCCCCCAGCCCCUCGCUGACGAGGAAGCCUCUCCUGAACCCCGCGGCGCCGGGGCGCGAGCGGCGCAUGCGUGGCCGCGGCUCCCAGCGCCCCCCGCGCAGUCCGGGAACAGAGCGGACGAGCCGCCAGCAAGGAACCCGUAACCGCUACCCUGCGAAGCGUCGUUUGGUCCCCGCAGCUCCUCUCCGUUAA